AUGUUCUCACGAGACCAAAUACCACCAAUUGACAAUCUUGUAAGCAAUCCUGCUGAACCUUCUACUGUAAACGUCGAUGGUAACAUUCCACGAAGGUCAUCUAUAGUUAGUAUGGCUAUCUUGGGUACUGAGGCACUGCGCGCCUCCAUACACCACUUAGCUGUUUUGACACUUUACGAAACCGUUAACAUAUAUUUUACAACACAAACGACAACACUAACUUAA